GUUGCAACCACGUAAAUCGCUAUCUAGUCCCGAACAAGCCAAUAAAUCAAGAUGACGGAAAGGCUAUAAGAAGUUGUCUCCGCGGUCACAAUCGUUCUCAGGCUAUCGAGUUCCCUCGCCAUGCUAUCCACCUUCUUUUUAUCUCUUCUUGCGCUGACCAAUCUUAAUGUAAGCGCCAGCCCGCUUGACGCCCGUUCCAUUGCCGCCCGUUCCACUAAGCCCGUCGUCGCAACUUGGUACGGCGGAUGGCAUGCGACGGAAGGAUUCCCGCUCUCUUCAGUUAGCUGGAACAAGUACAACACGCUGUACUAUUCGUUUGCAGAAACAACUCGUGACGUCACUAGUCUAAGCCUGACAGACUCUGAUGGGGAGUUGCUCCCUAAAUUUGUCUCUGAGGCCCAUGCACAUGGUGUCGAGGCCCAUAUUGCUGUCGGAGGCUGGACCGGGAGUAUUUGGUUCUCCUCCAACCUUGCCACCGCCAAAAACCGGACGGCGUUUGUCCGAACUGUGGUAGAUUUUGCUUCAAAGUACAAGCUUGAUGGCAUCCAAUUUGACUGGGAGUCCCCGAACGAUCAGGGAAUCGGUUGUAACACCAUCAGCGUGUACGACACGGCAAACUUCCUCGCAUUCCUCCAAGAGCUUCGCGAAAACCCAAAAGCGAAAAAACUUACCCUCUCGGCCGCUGUAGGACUGGGACCCUUCUUCAAUGCUGCCGGUCACCCUUUGACAGACGUCACUGGGUUUGCGAAAGUCCUCGAUUAUGUCGCAGUGAUGAAUUAUGACGUUUGGGGUUCUUGGUUCCCAACUGUGGGGCCUAACGCACCGCUGAACGACUCCUGCGCCGCGUCCGCCAACCAACAGGGUUCUGCCGUUUCUGCAGUCAAGACUUGGACGGCCGCAGGGAUGCCAGUCGACCAGAUCGUACUCGGUGUUGCUUCCUACGGUCACUCAUUCAGCGUUCCUCCCUCUGAUGCCUUCAAGUCCCACACGAAGAAGCUGGUUGCAUACCCCGCCUAUAAUGCCUCCAACCAGCCCUUGGGUGAUUCAUGGGAUAACACCGGUGGUGUUGACGUCUGUGGCGUUUACGAGGCCCAAGGUGGCACUUUCAACUUCUGGGGCCUCAUUGACAACGGUUUCCUGACCAAAGAAGGCACGCCUGCUGAUGGCAUCUACUACAGAUACGACGCCUGCAGUCAGACGCCGUAUGUGUACAAUGAGAGAUCACAAGUCAUGGUCUCCUUCGACAACGUCCAAUCGUUUGCCGCCAAGGGCAAAUAUAUCAAGGACACCAAGCUGCGCGGUUUCGCGAUGUGGGAGGCGGGCGGCGAUUACAAAGAUAUGCUCCUCGACUCUAUUAUCGAUGCUUCUAAGUGCUCUUAGAUGCGUCUCCACUACUUUAUUGUCUGGCACCACGGUGCCGAAUCACAUUCGUUGACAUGGAUUACUACGUUCGUUUCAUACUUUAUCGCAAUCACGGUCUUUGCCAGUAUUAGUUGUCUGAAAUGACUUUCCCUUUGUUCAGUACGCGACUGCCGCUGCAUCUUUCGUUACAUAGUUACAGUCCCCUUACAGUUUGAGUAGUUAGUUUAUAGAUUUAUUCUUUAGUGAGUUCUUGAUUCCCAUUCGAAACUCGUAUUGUAAAUAUUUACCAAUC